AGCAGGCUGCUCCACCAAGCAGGGAGCCGGAUGUGGGACUUGAUCCCAGGACCCCCAGGAUCAUGAUCUGAUCAAAGCAGAUGUUUAACAACUGAUCCCCCAGGCGCCCCCGAACUUAAAACCGUGAGAUGGAGAGUCACAGGCUCCACCACCUGAUCCGGCCAGGCGCCCCUGCCUCUGUGGGUUUUAGACCGUGUCUGGCCCUUGGCUGGGUGGGAAGAGAUGUGCGGCUGCACGUGCCAUGUGGACCCGGAGACCUGGCGCGCCUGGAACGGGAGACCCCAGUGGCUGCGGGAGGCAGCUCGGAGGGGACCGGGACCCCUGAGCCCCCCCUCUCCCCGCCAGGGCCAGCCGUGGAGGACCCAGCGGCCACCGUCAUCCAGUGCGCCUUCCGGCGGCUGCUGGCCCGGAGGGAGCUGGCGCGCCGGCGGCGGGAGCGGCGGGACUACGGGCAGCGGAUGGAGCAGCUGCAGCGGGACGUGAGGCGGGGCCGCGCGGCGGUGGGGGCGGCCGGGACCCCCGGAACCCCAGGGGCCGGUGCGCGCGGGUGGGGGCUCCUCGGUCCACGUGUGCCCGCAGGCCUUCGUGGCCCUGGUGCGCAGGGAGCAGGAGGCGGCGGGCGGCGGCGGGCGGCGGCGGGAGGAGCGGCGGCGCGGGGCGCGGCUGCGGGAAGCGGCCUUCGACGGCGACCUGGGCGAGAUCCGGGCGGUGCUGCAGGAGGCGGACGAGCUGCUGACCCGCGAGGGCCUGGGCCACGACGAGGCGGGGGCGGCGCGGCGGCGGCGGCGGCGGGUGGCGCUGGUGGAGAGCGAGGACGCCGGUGGGAACACGUCGCUGUCGGAGGCGGCGGCCGGCGGGCAGCCCCUGGCCAUCCAGCUGCUGGCGGAGCAGGGCGCCAGCCCCAACAGCAAGGUGGGCGCCGGGCCGGGGCCGGGGGCCACGCGCCACGGCUGCCCCCGCGGAGCCCAGCUCAGGAGCCCCUCGCGCAGGGCGCCUUCGGCCGGACGCCGCUGUACCGAGCAGCCUUCGGGGGGCACCUGGAGGCCGUGGAGGUGCUGCUGAAGCUCGGAGCGGACCCGCGCGUGUACGCGGAUGACGGCAGCACCCCGCAGCAGGUGGCCUCCCUGGACACUGUAGCCCAUGUGCUGCAGUCGUGGGACCUGGACCUCACAGAUGCCAUGCUCCAGAACAUGGAUGCUGAGAGGCAACGCCGGGCCCGGGAGGCUGAGCAGCAGGAGGAGGCAGAGGCCAGGCACAUGAACCUCAACGUACAACAGCUGGCGAAGGCACAGCACCAGCGGCAAAUGCAGCUGCAGCAGGCCUACUGUGAGCUCAACCGGAGGACCGCGGAGCACGAGGAGUGCGCACAGAGGGACCCGUGCCGGGCUGAUCUCACCCUGCAGGCCAUCAAGGAUGCGGAGGCCCGAGUGGACAGGCUGCGGCUGGAGGCCCGGGAGGCUGCGGAGGCGCUGGCCAUGGCCAGGUUGGAGCUUCGGGAGCAGACACAGGAGGGCGGGGAGGAGGAGAUGCCCGGGCUGAAAUGCCGGGUCCCCGAGCUGCACGACGUACUCAUGAAGGACGUGGGUGGCCGCAUCCGCGCAGACGGCCGGUCAGUGGUGGUGACUGGGUGGGCCGGCGGCCAGAGGCACUGGGUGGGCAGCAGUGACCCGGUUACCACUCCCAGGUGGCCACUUGUUAUCGACCCUUCGGGCCAGGCAGCCACCUUCCUGCGCUACCAGGACACCAACUACGUGGCUGCAGUGGACCCGGCACACCUGCGGCCAGAGAGGCUCCGGCUGGCGCUGCUGGGGGCGCUUAGGUACGGGAAGCCGCUGGUGUUCGACCUGUGCGAGGUGGACCUUUUCCCCGUGGUGCAGCAGCAGCUGGAGGCCGUGCGGCCGGGGCUGGUGCAGAAGCUGCUGGGCGGGGUCUCCUGGAGCAUGAGCGCUACCUGUCGCUGCUGCGGCCGGCAGACGGGCCCGAGUACAGCCCCUCGCAGUUCCAGCCCGCGCGCCUGGGGCGCUUCCGUGCCAUCUUCGUCACCAAGGCCCAGUGGUCGCCGACGGAGCAGCUGCAGGUGCUUCUCCCCGUGCGGGUGCUGCUCCCCGGCGGGGGCCUCUAGGGCCUCGGGAGCUCGCUGCGCAGGGCCCAGGCCCAGCCUUGUGGCGGCGGACAGAUGGAUAGACAGGAAGUAAAAUGUAGUCAAUUUUAUUCCUCUUAAACCACAAAAUAGAGUCUUUGGUUG